GCAGACAGGGAGUUUGUGUCGAAGCAGAGAGAGAGAGUGAGUGAGGGCGAACGAGCUUGGUGUUCCUCAGCAGUCUGGGUUCUGCUGGUUCUGCUGGUUCCACAGAGUGAGGAUGGAGCUCCACAUGUCGGUUCCGGGCCUGCUGUUCUUCACGGUCCUGCUCGCCCCGGCAGACGCCAUGAACAUGUACGAUCCAAAGCUGUGCUACGUGCUGGACGGCUUCCUGGCGCUCUACGGCUUCAUCAUCACCGGCAUGCUGAUCAAGGAGAAGUUCUUCAAAUCCAAGACCAAAUCAACGGAGGACAGCAUCUACACUGACCUGAGAGGCCAGGACAGCGGCGGCUACGCCCCGCUGAAGACAGACCCCGAGAGAGGACGGAACCGGAGGGCUGCGGAUGACACUUACACGGACCUGAACAGGCGUGUCGAGGGUGAAUAUAAAGAACUUCCUGUCAAGAGAGAGCGUCACAGAAAGAACGAGCAGGUGUACCAGGGUCUCAGCCACGCCACCAAAGACACCUACGACUCGCUGCAGAUGCAGCCGCUGCCGUCCCGCUAACGCCCAGCCCCUCGCCUGCACACACACACACACACACACACACACACACACACACACACACACACAC